AGUACUCGGCAGGCUUAAACGCCAACGUAGAGUAAUGAAGAUCUCGAACCGGUUAAAUAUCCGGUUUGGAUUGAGAUAACCGGGAAUAUUGAACAAAAAGCAGUGGAAACAAUCUAAUGAUCAUGAAAUGAUAAGAAAAAGUACGUUUCGUUCUAACGAACACCACAUGAUUUAUACGACAAGAAAGUUAGAUGUGGUCAUUUUAAUCUCACCUACUAUGGAGGGAUAAGCCACAUAUAAAAAGGAUCCAUAGUUUUUGAAAGUCCUAAACUUAUAAAACGAAUUUUAAAAAAGUAGUUGCAAGAGCUUCUGCGUAGUAGAGAAGGUUUGGGUCACAUUUUUCAUACACACCAUAGGCAUAGGAUGAGGCAUUCAAGCCUUACAUGUCAUAGAUAGAACACAACAAACAAAAAGAAAGAAUAUCUUUAAGAAAUCUCCUAUUUGUUUGGAGAAGACAAAACACAUAGCAAGAAAGAAGCAAAGAAACAAAAACAAAAAAUGGCACUGAGAAUGUGGGCUUCUUCUACAGCAAACGCUCUCAAGCUUUCUUCUUCUGUCUCCAAGUCUCAGCUCUCUCCUGCUUUCUCCAUCUCUAGAUGCUUCUCUUCAGUGCUGGAGGGAUUGAAGUAUGCAAAUUCACAUGAGUGGGUUAAACAUGAAGGCUCUGUUGCCACUAUUGGUAUUACUGACCAUGCUCAGGACCAUUUAGGAGAAGUGGUGUUUGUGGAACUGCCAGAGGAAAAUGGUUCGGUGAGAAAAGAGAAAAGCUUUGGAGCUGUGGAGAGUGUGAAGGCGACAAGUGAGAUUUUAUCUCCCAUCUCAGGUGAAGUCAUUGAGGUUAACAAGACGCUCUCAGAAGCACCAGGCUUGAUCAACUCAAGCCCCUAUGAAGAUGGAUGGAUGAUCAAAGUGAAGCCGAGCAACCCCUCAGAGUUAGAAUCUUUGAUGGGUUCAAAGGAAUACACCAAGUUCUGUGAAGAGGAAGACGCUGCUCAUUAGGAGGGUUUAUCUCUACUUUUAUGUUCCAAAUUUCCUUAUAAAAAAAUCUUUAAAAGUAUAUCAGUUCUCAUGCAUAUCUUCAUAACCAACACACCAGAAUGUAUGGUUCGUUGGUUUUAAUAUCACAAACAUAUUUUAUACACUAUAUAGUCUAUGAUUCUUUUUGUUAACAUAUAUAAGAAGACUUUGUUCAAACAA